AUUGACAAUAUCGACAGUGGAAUGGAUUUCAGGAGCAGACCGGACCUCAAAUGCACGUCGUUUGGAUUUGACAGUUACCAGAGCUUGCAAGCCAUGAUAUUUGCGGUGGAGGAAAUUAAUGCAAAUCCAAACCUUCUUCCUAACAUCACUUUAGGGAUCAAACUUUUUGACACUUGUGGUGCCAUGAGACGGGCAGUGGAAGGGACUCUUUGGAUGUUAUCAGGGGGGAGCAAGAGCAUCCCCAAUUACCAAUGGAAAGAGAAGACCCAUCUCGCUGGUAUCAUUGGUGACUCUGCAUCAACACGUUCCAUCUUAAUGGCUCAAAUAUUGGGACUCUAUAGAUAUCCACAGGUCAGUUAUUUUGCUACUAGUCCAGUCCUGAGUAAUAGGAAUCAGUUCCCAUCCUUCUUCCGGACAAUACCUAGUGAUGAGUUUCAGGCUCGAGGACUAGCUCAACUUGUCACAUACUUUGGUUGGUCAUGGAUUGGACUCUUGGCCAUCGACAAUGACUAUGGUCAACUCGGUAUCCAGGUGAUUAAACAGGAGUUGCUCAUGUCUGGAGCAUGUGUGGCCUUUCUUGAGAACAUAUUGAGCAAACAUCCAAACAGAAAUGCCCUACAGAUUGUCAAGACCAUUAGAGAGUCAACAGCUAAUGUUAUUGUAGUAAUUUCAUAUGCUUUUGCCUUACUGCCAGUGUUGGAAGAGUUACUAAAGCAAAAUGUGUCUGGUAAACUUUGGGUAGCGAGUGAAGCCUGGUCAACAUCCAAUCUUCUGUCCAAUAAAAGAUUUCAACAAAUCUUGGCAGGCACUAUUGGUUUUGCUGUGCACAGUGGGAAGAUGCUGGGAUUCACAGAGUAUCUCACCAGCUUUAAUCCUUUAAAAUAUCCAGACGAUGACUUUGUCAAGUUUAUUUGGGAACAAAUAUUUUUGUGUAAGUGGUUUGUGAACAUUAAUAAUGGAACAACCCGAUGUACAGGUGGAGAAAAACUGGAGAGCUCUUUAACUAAACCAGAGUUUAGAUUAUCAUUUAAUGUCUAUACCUGUGUUUACACUUUUGCAUGGGCAUUGAAAAGUCUCCUUCAAUGCAAACCUGGAGCUGGACCGUUCCAUGAUGGAGAAUGUGCUAAUAUUUCAUCUUUUCAACCUUGGCAAUUGCUCCAUUAUGUAAAAAAUACAAACUUUCAGGCUGAUGAUAACACACGUAUUUUCUUCAAUGAUAAAGGGGACCCACCAGCAAUAUACGAUAUUGUGAACUGGCAACUAGGGGCUACAGAAAAUUUGGAACAGGUUGUAGUUGGAAUGUAUAAUGCAAGUGCCCCACGUGGAACUACUUUGAUAUUAGACAGUACUUCAAUAAAAUGGAACACAGGGGAUUUACAGGUUCCAUACUCCAAGUGCAGUCCAAGUUGUCCCUCUGGGUUUCAAAAGGUAACAAUACCAGGAAAACCCUCCUGCUGUUAUGACUGUGCUCACUGUCCUCAAGGGAAAAUAUCUAAUCAGACAGAUGCCGUUGAGUGUCAACAAUGUUCCUGGGACAUGUGCCCAAAUCAAAAACAGGACAGAUGUCUACCCCGCACUACUGAAUUUCUGUCCUACAAAGACCCAAUGGGUGUAAGCUUGGCAGCCAUUGCUCUUUUCUCUUCUACCAUCCCUGUCUACAUUUUGAUGGUCUUUUUCCGCCACAGAACUACUCCAAUAGUUAGAGCCAAUAACUGGUCUCUCAGUUGCCUUCUUUUAGUGUGCCUCUCUUUUUGCUUUCUUUGCGCCCUAGCUUUCAUCGGCUAUCCACAGCCUGAGAUGUGCCUGCUGCGCCAGGUGACAUUUGGCAUGGUUUUUGCACUCUGCAUUUCCUGUGUCCUGGCAAAGACUAUUACUGUUGCAAUAGCCUUUAAAGCAACCAGGCCAGGCUCAAGGUUAAGAAAAUGGUCAGGGAUCAACGUCUCGUAUUCUGCUAUGGGGAUUUGUGUCUUUGUCCAGCUAUGUAUCUGUGUACUCUGGUUAUCUCAUUCCCCUCCUUUUCCAGAAUAUGACACUCAGACACUAUCUAGAGUCAUCAUUGUUAGCUGUAAUGAAGGCUCAUCAGGUGUUUUUUUCUGGAUCAUGCUUGGAUAUCUUGGCCUUCUGGCUGCUAUCAGUUUUAUUUUUGCCUUCUUGGUGAGACACCUUCCAGACAGUUUCAAUGAAGCCAAGUUCAUCACAUUUAGCAUGCUGGCCUUCCUCAGUGUCUGGGUGUCCUUUGUUCCAGCUUAUCUUAGCGCUCGUGGAAAGAACACAGUUGCCAUGGAGAUCUUUGCUAUUCUUUGUUCCAGCUGGGCUGUGGUUAUCUGUAUUUUUGUGCCAAAAUGUUUCAUUAUAUUAUUCCGACCCAACAUGAACUCCAGAGAGCAUCUCAUGAAAAGAGACAAAGAGCAUAAAUAA